CCUCAAUGACCACCCAGUCACUCGCUCAUAGUCUCACCGCAGCCGUUUCAAAAUGGAGGUCGAUAGCGACGCAGACUCCCGGUUUUUGGAGGGGACACGUCAUUUUCUCUCCUGGUUCCAGUCUCUGCCGGGAGCAACCUUCCAUAAGGACAUUACGAUUGAGGAUCUGAGGAGUCGAAAUGCAGGACGGGGUAUUGUCGCCCAGGCCGACAUUGCUGCCGACACAGUUCUCUUCACCAUCCCACGCAACAGCAUUCUUUGCGCGGCAACCUCCCCCUUGAAAGACAAACUCCCUGAAAUAUUUGACCUCGACAAUGAUGAUGAGGACGAGUCUGGAGAUGAAAGUGAUGGCGACAACCAAAACUCUUGGACGCUCCUGAUCCUCAUCCUCAUCCACGAAUAUCUGCAAGGGUCCUCCUCUCAGUGGAAGCCUUACCUCGACGUCCUCCCCUCCACCUUCAACACCCCCAUGUUCUGGACACCCUCGCAGCUUUCCUUCCUUCAAGCUUCUGCCGUUACAUCCAAGAUCGGUCAGGGGGAGGCUGAUAAGAUGAUCGCAUCCAAGAUCCUCCCUGUCAUCCGCUCCCACCCCCAAAUAUUCUUCCCCUCGUCAGCCACGCCCCUCUCCGAUGACCAACUCAUCCAGCUGGCGCACCGCAUGGGCUCCACCAUCAUGUCAUAUGCCUUUGAUCUUGAGCAGGACAUGGAGAUCCCCGAGCAGCUGGAGAACGACGACGAAUGGGAGGAGGACCGCGAAGGGAAAACCAUGCUGGGGAUGGUGCCCAUGGCAGACAUUUUGAACGCCGACGCCGAGUUCAAUGCGCACAUCAACCAUGCCGAAGAUGCCCUGACUGCCGUCUCACUCCGCCUCAUCAGAAAGGGGGAGGAGAUUCUCAACUUUUACGGCCCGCUAUCGAGUGCCGAGCUGCUCCGACGGUAUGGAUACGUCACGGAGAAGCAUGCCAGGUGGGAUGUGGUCGAGUUGUCUUGGAGUCUCAUUUCGUCUGCGCUGCAGUCCAAGCUCAAAGCCCAGCCAUCGGUCUGGGAAAAGGUAUGCGCGUUGGUGCAGCAGGACGAGGAGUUUGAAGAGGCAUUUGUUCUGGAACGUCAGAGUCCGGAUCCUUCGUCCACAGGGUUGUUGGAAGAGCCGGCCGAGUUUACCUCUCUCCCGGACGAGCUCGGUGAGCAUUUCAAGCUUUGUCUAAAGGCCUACAAAAAAAUAACAGACAGCAAAAACGAUAUGGCCCUUCGCGCACUGAACGACAGGGACUGGAGAAAGAGGUUAUACCUAGAAACCAUAUUGGAGGCUGUAACGCAGAGAGAAAGGGAAUACGGUACCACACUAGAGCAGGAUGAUCAGCUCCUCAGUGCUGAUCCGUCCGACCAACGAGAAAAGAUGGCUGUGUGGGUGCGCCGGGGGGAGAAGCUUGUUCUAAGAGAAGCACGAGCGUGGAUCACCACGCAGCUCGAGGAGCUGAGAAACAGACCCGUGGAUCAGCUACUAGACGAAGGGAGGGCGGCGAAGAGGAGGAGAAUAUAACUAUGUGGAAAAGUUAAUAAAUUAUUAAGAUGAUAUCGUUGACAAGGUGUACCCAUCGGCAGUGCCUCUGAUCGGUAUAAGGUAAGCCAGAUUAUGAAAAGAAAGGAAAACGCCAACAUGGUCGUUCCUGAACCCUAGCCAUGGAUGUCAAACAUGUCUCAAGACUGCAAGCCAUCUCAAAGCAGGUCAUGCCUUGUUCUUUGGCUUCUUUCGUAUCAACCCCGCAUCAAGGACAUUGAUGGAGAUUGGCCCGCUCUCAUUAGAGCCUGCCGUGCUUUGCCCUGUCUCUUGUGAUGGCCCUUUCCUGCGCACUAGUCCUGUCAAGUUGGUCACGACGGCCCCCUGAUUACCACUGCUCACACUCCCAAAGAGGGUUCCUUGUGUCUUAGCCUUACCGAGAACUGAAGCACCCCACUCGUCAGCGCCAACGCCUGCCUGGCUGAUCCAGCGCCGAGAACUUCCCACCGCCUUGUCCAGUGUCGAAAAGUCCAGUACUUUGUCGACGUCGGUCGGUCGAGUAGAUAGUUGCGGAGCUGGCGCUUCACCUUGGGCGGUCGCGAUAUGAUGGGGCCCGUCAGCUUCUUCUUUCUCUUCAACUUGUCCUUUUUCUUGCGACGAUCCGGUUGCGGGGGCAAACCAUCCAAAUCUUGUUUCAGCGGGCUGCCUCUAUUGGAGCGUGGAGUCUGAGCGAGGAUAUCCACGCGCCGACGGGGAGGUGUGGAGGGUGGGUUGUGAGACGA